AAAACAUGUAAAGCAACACAAAAGUUACCCUUCAAAAACCAUGUGGGCCUCAGCUUCAGUAAUACCAAUUAUUCUACUGCUGAUCCCAUCCCUUUCACUACUGUGCAUUCCAUACACCAUAUUCUUAAUUGCUACUUAACCUAAAGUAAUAACUAAGAUCCUAAGAGCUCGAUGAGAAUAGGUCCAAAGGGUCCCAGGCCUCCCAAAAUCUAGACAGCAGUAAGAUAAGGGCAGGACAAACAAUGCACCUGCACUGCACCACAGUAGCUAGGCUUACACCAUGGAUACCGCUGCUCGUAUCUCCGCCCUGACGGCCGACUCUCCUCCGGAGGAGGUGAGCGCCGUGCUCUCUACCGCCGCCUCUGCCGCCGAGACUGCCUCUGAGUCUGAGGGUCCAGCAUUGACCACUGCACUGGCUGACGCACUACUCGCACUGCCGGUCAGUGUAUCGACCACCGGCGCCGGGCAGCAUCUCUGUCGACUGACCGCCGAGCUGGCCAAACGAGAGGAAAACCGCUCACGUCUGUCGGUUUCAUCGCUUCUCAGAAGACUGGUUGAGGUGCUAGCGGCUGCUGCCGAACCUAAAGAGGAUGUCGACGAUCUUGUUCAGCCAUGCCGUGCGCUGGGUAAUCUGUGUUACGAGGGUGAGCCAGCCCGUGCUGGGCUUCUCGAGCCGCCAGGACCGGUGGCACUGACGGCUGCAGUUCUGAAGGCGACGACAGCUGGAAAGGAGGGUGCGCGUGCCCGCGAGGUGGCCAGUGGGCUGGUGCUCAACUUUAUCAACGAUUACCCGGCCGGCGUGGAUUGGGCCGUGGACUCCGAGUCACUAAACCGUCUGAUCGUCGCCUGCUGUGAUGACGUCACCCAAUCGUCCCUAGUACGUCACACUCUGGUGGCCGCAGCCGUAGUGGUGGACUCCCCACGGCGCGAGGCACUUCUCGGCUCACGCCUGGCAGCACUCCUAGCCGUCUGUCUCCUACCUCAACGGGAACCUUCAGUGCUAGAGGAAGCCUUAGAAACUGCGGCUGCUUGGUGUCGUCAUGACGAAGCUCGCUUAGCUCUCGCUCAUGGCGGGGUGGCGGAUUCUCUAGUCUGUCUUCUCCCGGCUGCUAACUGCCCGGCGGAGGCCCGAGCGCUCCUCGUGGAGCUUCUGAGUGGCGAUCAGGCGAUGGCGGCGGUAUAUCGGCGAGGGGAAGGAGCGGUCUAUAAGGAGGUUCGACGCUGGCUGGCCGAGGGUGGUGCGGCGGAGACACUGACGGCCUGCGCGUGCGACGCCCUGAGCAACUUCGCUACCAAUGAUGACCACGCCACGGGGAUGGUGCGCUCCGGGGUGCACCUAGACCUGGUGCCCCCGCUGAAGUCGGACAGUGCCCGGCUCCAGAUGGCUGCGCUGAGUCUGCUGCGGAACCUCUGCCUCCCGUCAGCCAACAAAGUGGCGCUACUGGAGGCCGGCACGCUGGACCACCUGCUGAGCCUCUCCGUUGUCGAACAGCCGGCACUGUUCAAGUACUACGGCACCCUGCGUCUACUCGUGGCCGACAGUGGCGCCGCCUGUGGCCGUCUGGCGAACCACCCGGGUCUGCUGGAACAAGUGGUGGCGGCUGCACGCGGUGACGGACCAUACGGGGUCCAGCACGAGGCGUGCCGACUGCUGGCCAGGCUCGUCCGUACGGCGCAGAGUUCUGAUGUGUCUCGCGCGGUGGUGUCGGCCGGCGGUCACUCCAGUCUGGUGCGUCUACUGCGGGCCGAUAACGCUGUGAUGACCAACGAGGCCAUCAUGGCUCUGUGUCACACGGCACCGCUCACUGAGGCGGCCGAGAUAGUCAGCUCUGAGCUGGCCGACGCCAUGACCGCGGUGAUGAACAACACCGAGUUCCCCUUCCAAGUGAAGGAGAACGCCGCCACGCUGCUCAUCCUGCUCAGGUCACGAGUAGAACCGGAGGUGGCGGAGGCCCUCAGCGGAGUGCCGCAGUUGGAUCCAGCCUCGGCUGUGGACCGGUAGGUCACGUCAUGUCAUCCCACGUCAGAAGAACGUCAGGUGACGCGGCGUCAUCGAGAUGACGGCGUCAGUAACGCGCACAACGAAGUGAUUUCAGUGGGACUGAUGCUAGUAAUGGUGAUUCGUGUAUCAUCAAGCCAUGGCUAGCUAGGUUCUCACUUGUGCUGCAACGUGGCGGCGGCUGAACAACAGGUUUUCAGUAAAGACAUUCUGAGCGGAAUCAUAUCGUCUCGAGCUCGCAUUUAUAGUCAUUUUUGAACCACCGCUAUCUUGUGCAGCAAACGCUCAUGAAUUGCUUUUGUAAGUGGCUAUUGUAUCUGUGAGGCUAGAUGCUCGUUUGAGAAGCUCGGAGCGACUCUGUGAAGAACCGUGGAAUGUGUUGUACUGUCCGCUUUGAAGCCUGAUGCGUGGCUGUUUUUCGACUCAGUUAAUCGGCAGCCAAGACUGAGCCACUGAUACAAUCAAACAGACACUCGUAUUUAGUCGACUCUGAGGCAGUUCCUCAUUUACGCGUGUCGAUUGAGCGUUGAGGCGUACGAGUAUGCGUUGUGAAGACUCAUUGCCGGCUUUAGUUCGUCCGUUUAUCCCGUGAAACAAUCGAUGUGCACUCGCCAUGACUUUGAGUCGUUCAUUCCUGGGCAUCCAGUCAUUCGGUUUUGUUCAUGUUUUCACGCAUAUUUCGUUACUAUUGGUGUUGCCAUGGCAACAAACCCUAGGCCCGACGAGCCUUGUCAUUGUGCUUCGUCGACUCUGAUCAAUCAGCUUUGCGGCUGGUAAGUCGUAACUGUUUUGCGAUGACGUGCUUUGUUUACGUUGUGGUUUGCAGGGGACGAACCCUGUGUCAUGGAAAGUGGCAAAUAUCCGUAAUACAGUGUUUCGCUAAAA